AUGUACAAAAUGGAUUACUCGUACCUGAACACGUACGACUCGUGCAUGGCGGCGAUGGAGGCGUCGGCGUACGCGGACUUCAGCUCGUGCAGUCAGGCCAAUACAUUCCAGUACAACCCGAUCCGCACGAGCUUCGGUGCAAACCCGGGCUGCGCGCCACUGGGUACAGCGAGCUGCAGCCUCGGAGCGCUGCGCGAGCACCAACCGGCACCGUAUACCGCGGUUCCGUAUAAAUUCUUCUCGGACCCUUCCGGUCUGAAUGAGAAGCGGAAGCAGCGGCGGAUCCGCACUACCUUCACGAGCUCUCAGCUGAAGGAACUCGAGCGCGUGUUCGCUGAAACGCAUUACCCCGACAUCUACACCCGCGAGGAGCUCGCGCUCAAGAUAGACCUUACCGAGGCCAGAGUGCAGGUGUGGUUCCAGAACCGACGCGCAAAAUUCCGCAAACAGGAGCGCGCGGCCAACGCAAAGGGCGGCGGAAACACCGGAAACGCCAGUGUUACAGCCAAGAAACCGGGCGAGGCGCGCGCAUCCUCCGAGGAUGACGAGUCUAAAGAGUCCACGUGCAGCCCGACACCGGACAGCACAGCGUCUUUACCGAGCUCAGCCAACACCACGGGCAGUCCGGGCGCGAGCAGCCUCAGCCCCAGUUCGUCUUCCGGCGGCUUUGGCAACGCUUCGAGCUCGCCUUCCGUUCACCACGCGCUCAAAUCUCCCGCGUGGUCCGGGGUUGGCUCUGCUGCUCCCGCUCCCGCCCCGGACCUGCUGAAGAGCUGGCAGCCCGGAGACAGCGCGAGCGCCGGACCGUUUGCCGGUGUGCUCUCAUCCUUCCACAGAAAACCGGGCGCGCUCAAGACCAACCUGUUUUAA